UCUAUGUCUACGAGUUCAUGGAAUUCUGACUUUUUAUUUUUACCUUUUAUAGUAUUUCAUGAUUGAGAUGCUGAAAAAUUGAAAAAUAUUCUGACAAAAAUGAAUCUUCACGGCGUCUUGAGUAUUUCCUGCCAAAUUUCGAAUCAAAUCAAAUUCCAUUAUAAAACCCAAACAUCAAUAAAUUACCAAGAAAACAUUGCAUAACCUCAAUCAAUUUAGCUACACAAAAAAUAAUGAGUACUUCAUCUGAUGGAUUAGAGGUAUCUAAUUCGCCUUAUAAUGUGCCCAUACAGAAUGGAGGUUGGCGUGAAUUCGCUUGUGGUUGGGGAGCAGCAGUUAUCAAUGUGGGAUGCACAUAUCCUAUCAAUAAGAUGAUUUUCAGACAAAUGUUACAUGGUAUAAACAUUUACAAUGCGUUUUUGGAACUCAAAAGUGAAGGAAUGUACUUUUUAUACAGGGGAAUGUUGCCCCCUUUGUGCCAAAAGACAUUUUCCAUGUCAAUCAUGUUUGGAGUAUAUGAAGAAGUUAAACAACCUCUGAUUGAAGGAGGAAUGAACAAGUAUGCCGCUAAAACUACUGCAGCAUUAAUAUCUGGUACUUCAGAAGCAGUUUUAAUGCCAUUCGAGAGAAUACAAACAUUGCUGAGUGACUCGGGUUAUCAUAAUCAUUUCAGGAAUACCUAUCAUGCAUUUAAAGUAAUAGGUACCCAAUAUGGAUUCAAGGAAUAUUAUCGAGGUUUGACACCUAUUUUACUCAGAAAUGGACCUUCAAAUAUUGGUUUCUUUAUCAUACGAGAAGAAUUUCAGGCAAAAAUGCCAAUUUUUGAAUCCAAAUUGAAUAAGACUUUAGCAGAAUUUAUGUGUGGUGCAUCUAUAGGCUUAUUAUUAUCUACAGCAUUCUAUCCUUUGAAUGUUGUCAAAAUAGCUAUGCAGUCUAAAAUAGGUGGUGAUUUUGAAAACUUCUGGAAGGUGAUGAGACAAAUAUAUCAUGAGAGAGGUGGAACAAUCAGAGGUAUAUAUAAAGGCAUCCAUACAAAUUGUUCUAGAGCAUUUAUAAGUUGGGGUGUCAUGAAUACAGCUUAUGAACAUUUGAAAAGCCUCAUCUGCAAUUGAAGAUUGGUAAAGCAACAUGGCAAUUAUGUUCCUUUUUAUAGCAAAUUUUUCAUGAUAGACUAAAUUUUAAAUUCUGCUUCUAUUAGGAAAAUAUGUUUAUUUAUUUGUAGAACUUUGCAUGGAACAGAGUUUUUAAUUUAAGUUGAUAUCAGUAUAAAUAGAAAUGAGGAAAGUUAAUCAGUUGAUUAUAUUUUAAAAGUUAGUGCAUUAUUUUUUCUGCACAUUGUUCAUUUCUGCCUUCUGUUAUCAUAAAUGAAUAAGUUGAUGCUCAGGGAGAGGAGUCUUGUUGUGACAUUAGUCCAAUUCUUUUAUUUUAGUUGAUUUUACUGCAGGAAAAGUCUUUCCUUGUACCUUUGAUUUUCCUAUGACAUGCAAGUAUUUAACUAUCAGAAUUUCGAGUGUGAGUAAAAUUAAGGCCGAUUGUACUCCUAAGUGAAAAACAAAUUAAUGAGUUCAUGUAUAAUUAAUAAAUUCAAGUGGGUGAAUGUAUUUUAUUCAUUCAAUAGUGUUCCUUCAAAAUUUAGUAUGAGAUAUGUGAAAAGAGUAUGAACCUCAUAUUUUUGUUAUACCCAGUAUAUUUGUGUACCUAAAUACCUAUGUCUUGGAUAGACAUAGGUACCUAUGACUUUGAAUAAAUUGUUUUAGCCACUGA